CUUUAAAAGGAGCAACCAAACAUCUGGCAAAUAUAGUAAAAGGGGUAUUCUGGUAGGAUGUAUGCCUACCAUUAGUUCUGAAUACUGGUGAAGUUUUGAGGGCAAAAUGGCUGUGAUGAUUGGAAUCGCUUUCAGAGUUUCUUGGCUUUGUUGCCUGCUAAUUGGAGGGAUAAUGUCUUCUACAUCAGAAGUUUAUAUUUUGUACCUAGGUGAUUGGUCUCCUGCACUGGAUUCUAAUGCAGCAUGGCUCUAUGCAGGAUCACUUCGGUCUCUAGGAUAUGGCAAUUAUAAGUCUCCAAAAUCUCAAAUGCAAGCGCAACAGAAACAUCCGGCCGCCAUCGGGUGGAAGGAACUGGCCCCCAUGUCCCAGCAACCUCAGCAAGUGUGGAAUCCAGUUCAAAUGCCCCUGCAUCAGAAGCAACCAGCCGCAGAAGCUCAGCCGCAGAGGCAACCGACAACUGUGCCCCAGCAAGUGUGGCAUCUAGCUCACAUGCUGACGCAUAAGCAACCGACCGCCAUGCCCCAGCAAGUGUGGCAUCCAGUUCAAAUGCCCGUGCAGCAGAAGCAACCGACCGCCGUGCCCCAGCAAGUGUGGCAUCAAGCUCAAAUGACCCUGCAGCAGAAGCAACCGACUGCUGUGCCCCAGCAAGUGUGGUAUCCUCCUCAAAUGCCCCUGCAGCAGAAGCAACCGACCGCCGUGCCCCAGCAAGUGUGGCAUCCAGUUCAAAUGCCCCUGCAGCAGAAGCAACCGACCGCCGUGCCCCAGCAAGUGUGGCUUCAAGCUCAAAUGCACCUGCAGCAGAAGCAACCGACCGCCGUGCCCCAGCAAGUGUGGCAUCCAGCUCAAACGCCCCAGAAGCAACCGACCGCCGUGCCCCAGCAAGUGUGGCAUCCAGCUCAAAUGCUGCAAAAGCAACCGACCGCUGUGCCCAAGCAAGUGUGGCAUCCAAAUCAAAUGCUGCAAAAGCAACCGACCGCUGUGCCCCAGCAAGUGUGGCAUCCUGCUCUAAUGCCCCUGCAGCAGAAGCAACCGACCGCUGUGCCCCAGCAAGUGUGGCAUCCUGCUCUAAUGCCCCUGCAGCAGAAGCAACCGACCGCCGUGCCCCAGCAAGUGUGGCAUCCUUCUCAAAUGCCCCUGCAAACAACCGCUGUGCCCCAGGAAGUGUGGCAUCCAAAUCAAAUGCUGCAAAAGCAACCGACCGCUGUGCCCCAGCAAGUGUGGUAUCCUCCUCAAAUGCCCCUGCAGCAGAAGCAACCGACCGCCGUGCCCCAGCAAGUGUGGCAUCCUGCUCAAAUGCCCCUGCAGCAGAAGCAACCGACUGCCGUGACCCAGCAAGUGUGGCAUCCUGCUCUAAUGCCCCUGCAGCAGAAGCAACCGACCGCCGUGCCCCAGCAAGUGUGGCAUCCUUCUCAAAUGCCCCUGCAAACAACCGCUGUGCCCCAGCAAGUGUGGCAUCCAAAUCAAAUGCUGCAAAAGCAACCGACCGCUGUGCCCCAGCAAGUGUGGCAUCCUGCUCAAAUGCCCCUGCAGCAGAAGCAACCGACCGCCGUGCCCCAGCUGGGGUGGCAUCCUGCUCAGUUUCCCCAGCAGAAGCAACUGGCCGCUAUGCCUCUACUGCAGAAGGAACCAACCACCAUAGCCCAGCAACCUCAGCAGGUGUGGGAUCCAGCUCAAAUGUCCAAGAAUCGAACAGCUACUGAACCUCAGCAGCAGAAGCAACCACCCACCACGUCCGAGCAAGUGUGGCAUCCAGCUCAAAUGCCCCUGCAGCAGAAGCAACCGGCCACUGAACCUCAACAGAAGGAACUGACCGCCAUGCCCCAGCAAAUGUGGUAUCGAGCUAAAAUGCUCCAACAGGAGAAUCAUCUGGCCGCCAUUCUCCAGCAGCCUCCGCUCGUGUGGCAUCCAUCUCAAUUUCCCCAGCAGAAGGAACUGGCAGUCGAGCAGCAGAAGGAACUGGCAGUCGAGCAGCAGAAGGAACUGGCAGUCGAGCAGCAGAAGGAACUGGCAGUCGAGCAGCAGAAGGAACUCGCCGUCGAGCAGCAGAAGGAACUCGCCGUCGAACCUCAGCAAGUGAGGUAUCCAGCUCAAUUGGCCCAGCAGCAACCCAACCCCAUUCCUCAGCAAUUUUGGCAUGUAGCCCAAAUUUCCCAGCAGCAACUGGCCCCAAAUUCUCAGCAGAAGCACUACGAAAGCACUGAAGAUGGUGCCUCUGGUAGUUCUCAAGCCAGCAUUGUUGAACAGUCGGGUGUCAUCCCAAUCUCUUCCUACAGUUCCAAAUCGCACUACAAGAAUGGCAGAACUGGAGUCUCCCAAAUCGGCUACACUCCUAGAGAGGCCAUGCCUGUUGACAGUGGAAAUGCUCCCAAGGACGGGAAUGUUAGCAUUGGCGCACCAAGCAUAUAUCCAACACUAGUGAAGGAUUCUGCAAGGAAAAUAUAAUGGAUUCAUCCUCUAGAAGCUCUAAUGACCAGGAAGUUGCUGGUGCUCUUGCUACUCUAGUGGGAUGGAAUCAAUAAACAAUUUUACUU